AGUCCCACUGAGGAGGAAGCCCUGGUGGCGAAGGCCACAGAUGCCCCAGGACUGAGCUCAGCAGCACACGCUCGCAGGCGGCCCUGUGGGUGGCCAGGCCCCCGCCGCCCUGCUUGGAGAUGCCUGCUGCAGGCCGUCCCCACGGCCCCUGAGCCACAUGGCCUCCCUGGGCCCCAGAAGUUCAGCCCCCAUCAGGGUCUCGGGCCGGAGAGCCAUGUGCUGGAUCAGCACCAUCAGCUUCAUGGCGGCUGAGGAGCUGCACUGGCCGGUCCCCAUGAAGGCCAUCGGUGCCCAGAACCUGCUGACCAUGCCUGGGGGUGUGGCCAAGGCUGGCUACCUGCACAAGAAGGGGGGCACCCAGCUGCAGCUGCUGAAAUGGCCGCUGCGCUUCGUCAUCAUCCACAAGCGCUGCAUCUACUACUUCAAGAGCAGCACGUCCGCCUCCCCGCAGGGCGCCUUCUCGCUCAACGGCUACAACCGGGUGAUGCGGGCAGCGGAGGAGACGACGUCCAACAACGUCUUCCCCUUCAAGAUCAUCCACAUCAGCAAGAAGCACCGCACGUGGUUCUUCUCCGCCUCCUCAGAGGACGAGCGCAAGAGCUGGAUGGCCUUGCUGCGCCGGGAGAUCGGCCACUUCCACGAGAAGAAGGAGCUACCUCCGGACACCAGCGACUCCAGCUCGGACACAGACAGCUUCUAUGGUGCAGUGGAGCGGCCCGUGGACAUCAGCCUCUCCCCGUAUCCCACAGACAAUGAAGAGCGCCGUGCUAGGCGUGGUGGCCACCACCCUGUCCGCAUGCAGCCGGCCGCCUUGGGCCUCAGCCUCUCCCUCUCCCCAGACUACGAGCACGAAGACGAGGAUGACUCGUACUUGGAGCCGGACUCCCCCGAGCCUGUGAAGUUGGAUGAUCCCCUGACUCAUCCGCCGGCUUACCCUCCGCCGCCCGUGCCCUCGACCCGGAAGCCCCCCAUCUCCGACCUGCCGCGAGCUCACUCUUUCAACUCCAAAGGCCCAGGCCCGCUGCUGCCGCCCCCACCCCCGAAGCGUGGCCUCCCUGACACCAGUGCGGCCACCGAGGAUGCCAAGAGGGACCCACUGGGCCUGAGGUGGACAGAGUCUGGCCUCAGGGUGCCCCCCACCUCCCGGAGGAUGAGUGACCCCCCGCCCAGCAGUCUGCCCGCCGGGCCCAGCCUGUGGAAGCCUCAGUGCUUCCGAGAGGGCGCCGGCCCCAGCCCGGAGCCUUGGACACCCGGCCACGGGACCAGCACUACCUCCAGCUGUGCCAGCACAGCCUCUGCCACCACCAGGAACUGUGACAAGCUCAAGUCCUUCCACCUGUCCCCGCGGGGGCCACCGGCAUCUGAGCCCCCGCCCGUGCCAGCCAACAAGCCCAAGUUCCCGAAGAUAGCCGAGGAGGGCCCUCCACGGGGGGCAGCCAAGCCUGGACUCUUUGUGCCCCCCGUGGCACCCAGGCCUCCCGCACUGAAGCUGCCAUUCCCCGACACCGCUUCUCGGCCUGCAGUGCUGCCCCGGCCGGAGAAGCCCCAGCUGCCCCACCUCCAGCGGUCGCCCCCCGACGGGCAGAGUUUCAGGAGCUUCUCCUUCGAAAAGCCCCGGCAGCCCUCACAGGCCGACUCCAGCAAGGAGGACUCGGAUGAGGACUACGAGAAGGUGCCGCUGCCCAGCUCCGUGUUCGUCAACACCACGGAGUCCUGUGAAGUGGAGAGGCUGUUCAGAGCCACCAGCCCCCGGGGGGAGCCCCAGGACGGACUGUACUGUAUCCGGAACUCCUCCACCAAGUCGGGCAAGGUGCUGGUUGUGUGGGACGAGUCCUCCAACAAAGUGAGGAACUACCGCAUCUUUGAGAAGGACUCCAAGUUCUACCUGGAGGGCGAAGUCCUUUUCGCCAGCGUGGGCAGCAUGGUGGAGCACUACCACACACACGUGCUGCCCAGCCACCAGAGCCUGCUGCUGCAGCGCCCCUACGGCUACGCCGGGCCCAGGUGACACCGCUGGGUGUGCUGCAGGGCACAAGCAGCCACAGGGCCAAGACCCAGCCCCACCGAUGGAGGCAGUCUGUGUGGGAGCUGAGCAAGGCGGGAGGCUGUGCUUGACGCUGGGACCCCAACGGACGCCUUGUGGACCCUGGCCAGGGGCCACCCGGCAGGCCGGCUCCCAGCUGGACCCGCCUGCAGCUCUGGAGGACUGGUCAGCUCUCCGGCCCCAGCUGGUCCCUGCUGUUGCACCUGCAGAGCCUGGGGCUCCAGGACGGAGCCCUGCCUCACUUUCAGGGCAGGAUGUGCGCCACACCGCAGCGGCCUGGGAGCCAGGAAGGGCUGGGGCGGUCAGCGGGGCUGGGGCUGGCCCUAGGACCCCAGGGCACGAUGAGACCCCGGCUCCAGGCAGGGCCGGGGCUCCCAAUAAAUCUAAGAGGCCUUUGCCCCGUGGCCUGGCUUGAUUGGGA